AGAGUAUGCAUGCUUAUGCAGCAAAUGUCUACACAUCUGUUGUGGAAGAGCUGACGAAAGGAAAGCAGCGCAAAUUUAUUGCUGUGGAGCAGGAGUUCUUCCGCCUCUGGUGGGAUACAGUAGCCACGGAUGUGCACAAGCAGCAGGUACAUCAACUGCUUCGAGAGGGACGGCUGGAAUUUGUCAUUGGAGGGCAAGUGAUGCAUGAUGAAGCGGUAACACUAAUUGAUGAUCAGAUUUUACAGUUGACGGAAGGCCAUGGCUUUUUGUAUGAAACCUUUGGAGUCAGGCCUCAGUUUUCCUGGCACGUAGAUCCUUUUGGAGCUUCAGCUACAACGCCAACUCUUUUUGCUUUGGCUGGUUUUAAUGCUCAUCUCAUCUCUCGAAUUGACUAUGAUCUGAAGGCCGACAUGCAGAAAAACAAGAAACUUCAGUUUGUGUGGCGGGGUUCUCCUUCCUUAUCUGCAAGUCAGGAGAUCUUCACCCAUGUUAUGGAUCAGUACAGCUACUGCACUCCAUCACAAAUACCUUUUUCAAACAGAUCAGGGUUUUAUUGGAAUGGAAUUGCCGUUUUCCCAGAUCCGCCAAGAGACGGUGUUUAUCCAAACAUGAGUCUCCCUGUCACAGCCGCCAACAUUGAGCUGUAUGCACAAACCAUGGUUGCAAACAUUAAGCAGAGGGCAGCGUGGUUCCGGACGAGCGACGUCUUGUGGCCGUGGGGCUGUGACAAACAGUUCUUUAAUGCGUCUGUGCAGUUCUCCAACAUGGACCUGUUGCUGGAUUAUAUUAAUGAGCAUUCUGAUCAGUUUGGAGUGACUGUGCAGUAUGCCACGGUUGGUGAUUACUUCCAAGCAGUUUAUAACAGAAAUCUUGCAUGGGAGAUUCGGGACUCUCAAGACUUCCUUCCAUAUUCAACAGAGCCCUUCCAAGCGUGGACGGGGUUUUACACCUCUCGGAGCGCGCUGAAAGGGGUCGCCAGGAGAGCCAGUUCGCUGCUCCAUGCGGGGGAGUCCUUCUUCACCCAGUACGUCCGCAAGCAGCCAGCAGGCUCCCUCCGCAAGUGUCAAGCCCUGAAGCAACUUCAGAGCCUUAGAUGGGCGGUUUCAGAGGUCCAGCACCACGAUGGUAUAACCGGCACAGAGUCUCCCAAGGUGAAGGACAUGUACAUGGAUAAUUUGAUGUAUGGAAUGUUCAAUGUAAAGAAGCUGAUGGCUUCCAUAAUCUUUGACAUGAACAACGCCGAGAAGAAUGAAGAGGUCUAUUCCUAUGUUUACAGUAAAGACUCAGAAAAACUAGGUACCGUGGAUGUUGACCAAUACGUUGUUGUCUAUAAUCCACUGGCAUGGAACAUCACGACCUUCGUCGUGGUUUCUAUCAGCCAGCCAUACAUCAGUGUUUAUGAUGAACUGGGACGCUCUGUACCCGCACAGGUUCAAAGCUCAGCAGAGUCCCAUUUUACCUAUGAUCUGUACAUCCUAGUUUCAAUAAGUGGCCUGAGCUACAGAAAAUACAAUGUUAAGCCUUCUCUUGGUAAGCAAUCUGCAUUUAUUGGAAGAUCAGUUAAGUACAAGCGAAAAGACAUAACCCGUGGAUACCAAAAAAGUCAGCGUUUGUUUCCAGUGGUUAACAACUGCUACGAGGUCAUGUUUGACCAAAACACUAACCUAAUGCAGAGCAUUACAGAGAGGGAGACUAACCAGACUGUCCAGCUGACCCAGGAGUUCCUUGAGUAUCAUGUGAAUGGAGAUGUGAAGAAAGGACCCAUUUCAGAUAACUACUUAUUUGCCCCAAAUGCUUCAGCUGUUCCAGUAUCAAAAGCAGUGGGGUUGGAAGUAGUUUUUGGAAAGUUAGUGACAGAGAUACGCCAGUAUUUCUACAGUAAUGUUACUGCUCAGGAGUACGUAUAUGCCAUGUAUACCAGGAUGUAUACGGUACCAGAAGGCUAUGAUGGAAAGUUGCUUUGCCACAGGCUAGAGCAAGAAUACAGUGCUGGACCCUUGGAACCAAAUCGUGAGGCUGUUCUAAGAACAAGCACAAAUCUGAACACUGGGCAGCUGCUCUACACUGACAGCAACGGAUAUCAGAUUCAGAAAAGACCAUUCAAGGCAUAUGUGAAUAACACAGUGGCUCGGAACUAUUACCCUAUGGUCCAGACUGCCUAUAUUGAGGAUGAUAGCACAAGGCUGGUGCUGCUUGCAGAUAGAGCUCAUGGUAUCUCGAGUCAAGGAAAUGGCCAGGUGGAGGUGAUGCUUCACAGGAGGCUGUGGAACAACCUUGAGUGGGACCUGAAUUACAAUCUCACUUUGAACGACACUUCAGUGGUUCGUCCUGUGUUCUGGCUGAUCUUAGGAACCAAGAGCCUCACCAAUAUGUUGUAUCGGCCGAGCGGCCUGGCGUUAGGACACAGACCAGUUGUUAUGUUUGGAGCAUUAGCAGGAGGUAAGCGGGAGCUGGCCAGGCAGCUCCAGCAGGAUUCCGUGACUGUCCCGCCCAACCUGCAUCUCCAGACCCUGAGCAUCCCGGGGUGGAAGUACAGCUCCAAUCACACACAGCACAUCCGCAGUGUUCACAUGGGCAAACAGAAGCAAGCUGAUGCAGACUUUGGUCGUGUCCUGCUAAGAAUUAUGCACCUGUAUGAAGUGGGCGAAGAUCCUGUGCUGUCUCAACCUGUACUAGUGAAUUUGAAGUCCUUGCUGAAGGGAUUAGGA